GCAACACGGGGCGGGCAUUUAGAGGGAGGGACAGGUACGAGGUGUUAGUUGAUUCAGCAAAGGAUCUAAUGGACCAGCCUUAGAAGGCACAGUAGCUGAAACACACUAGUCCUCGAAAUCAUCUCCUGAAUUAUGGAACGAUACGAAAGUGACCGCGAAAUGUCCGAAGACGAGCACAAUUUUUUAGAAUCGGGCGACGAUUUUACUUCGGACGAAGAGCAGAGUGUUGAUAUUGUGGCGGAAGAGCAGAAGGAAGAGAGCUCGUGUGAGGAAAGUGCAAAUAGUAACAAGUUCUCGAUUGAUAGCAUUUUGGGACUGAACAGGAAAUGCAAGGACGAAGAGGAGAAAAUUAGCGCCAAAGAAAUUAAGUUUGUCAAGCCGACUCCGCUGCCGGCGGCUCCACGCACAGGCUUAUAUCAAUCAGUGAUAGAUUUGCAACAAUACGGACGACCUGAUCCUACUCCUCCUGAUCCAGGAUUGCUCGAAUUUCUCGCAAAUUCUAAAUCAAGCUCUCAAAAUAGUUCUUCCGAAACGUCCUAUAUUCCCUAUCAUCUUCAUCCGGGAACAAGCUCUUCUUCGUUUAUUUAUACGAACUGGUUGAAUGCGACUGGGGAUCAUAAAAGUUCUAGUCACAUUUUCGGACUACAAGCGCCCAAACCGGCCAAUCGCCGGUCCAGAAAACCGGGACUGGACCGAAAACCCAGACAGGCUUACAGCGCCAAACAAUUAGAAAGACUCGAAAGCGAAUUCAAAGUCGACAAAUAUCUGAGCGUCAGCAAACGAAUGGAGCUUUCAAAAGCCCUCAAUCUCACGGAAGUACAAAUCAAAACAUGGUUCCAGAACCGGAGGACAAAAUGGAAGAAGCAACUGACGACGAGACUCAAAAUGGCGCAGAGACAGGGACUUUUCCCACCGCAUUAUUUCGCGCCAGCCGCACAACAGUAUUCUGCACUUUUCACACCGUACUAUUCAACUCUCGGCUGCGUCUUCGGCGUACCAACGAUAGAGGACACCUCGGCAGCGGAAACAGCACGGAGAGGAUCGAUUUCAAACUGAGUUGCUUCGAUGUUAGCCCAUUGUAUCUUAAUUGCUGUAUAUUUGUAUUUAUUAUUAUUAAAUUAAUUAAUUGAUUUAGA